GUAUCCGUCUGCUGGACGGCACGGUGACGGACUCCAUGGAGGCCACAUCUCUGACCUUCAACAACGACUUCAUUGAUGUGUACGUGUGCUGCUGGGGCCCGCAGGACGACGGACAGGAGAUGGCUGGGCCGGGGACACUCACACAGAAAGCACUGAGGCUGGGCACGCAGAAGGCAAGGUUAACACACAAACACACACAGGCAAAGUACAUGCAGGCACGCAAGUAAACACACACACAUCCAUACUGUACAUGCAUGUACACAUGCACAUCCACACACACACAAACGCAUGCACGCAUGCAUGCUCGCUUUUCUCUAGUCAAUGUAAUUCUAUUCUAUUCCAUUCUAUUAUAUUUUAUCCUUCCACCAACUCCCCUCCCCUCUCUGUUUCACCUUAAUACAGGGGCGAGGUGGAAAAGGCAGUAUCUUUGUGUGGGCGUCUGGUAAUGGUGGGUUGGUGAACGACCACUGUGGAGCAGACGGCUAUGUCAACAGUGUCUACAGCAUCGCCAUCGGGGCUGUCACUCACACAGGCAAGCCCGCCUUUUUC